GGGCCAUGGCUCCGCGGCCGCCCCGCGCCCAGCUCGGCCCCCCGCCCGCCCGGGACUGACGGAGCCCGGCCGCCAUGAGUGCCAACCCGCAGUGGGACAUCAGCAGGGCGCUGGGGGUGGCCAAGCUCUUCCACCUGGUGUGCGGGGUCCGGGACGCCUGCGUGACUCCGUUCCUGACCCUCUACCUGAGGCAGCUGGGCUUGGCCGCGCCCUGGGUGGGCAUCCUGAUGGGGACCAAGCACCUGAUCGCCGCCUUCUGGGGUCCCUUCUGUGCCUUCCUGGCCAAAAUCUACCAGAAGAGGAGGGUGCUUCUGAUGGGCUCGCUGCUCGGCUCGGUGGGGGCCAGCAUGGUGAUGGUCCUCGUGCCGCCGCUGCACGAAGUUCCGGGGUACCGCUCCUCUAACGCCAGCGACGGGGCCACCCCCACCGCUCCGCCGCCUGGGGCCGCAGGAACUGUAACUGCCACCUCGGCCCGACAGCCCGCCUCCAGCCAUGCGGCGGGGUCGCCCAGCCCCGCAGGCGAGAGCCGCACCGGGACAGUGGACCCCGCUGGCUUCAGAAAGGCACCUGCGGGAAACGUCCACGAAUCGGCUGGCGGGCCACCUGGCUACGCCAGGACCACGUCCCCACCUCUCCAUCCUGUCACUGCAGGGGUGAAGGCUACUCCUGGGGAAGGGGCUUUUAACGCGGGCAGGACAGUCCUCCCUUUGCUGGCUGGUGGUCCAGCCAACUUGUCAGCAGCUCAGGGGAGUGCCCAGGGCCUUGACCUCUCCUUGGAAGGCUUGCGCUGGACUUUCCUCCUCUCCCUGGGCUCCCUGGUGUUCUGGGAGCUGCUGACAGCCCCUCUGGAGCAGGUGGCCGACGACAGCCUUUAUGAAUACUUGGAUUUUGUGGACGCCACUGACCGCUACAGAAGCCUCUGGAUCUGGAGGCCGCUGGGCAUGUCGGCCGGUGUGUGCGGCGUCACAGCCUUGGUGGGGCAACUGGAAUGUGUCCUGAUGACAAAUGGCCCCCGGGGUGUGUUGCAUUUCUAUGGCUACUCGCUGGUCAGCACCCUGGCUUUACUGGUGAGCGUCUCCUUUCCGGUCCCCAUCUGCAGGCGGCGGGAGCCCAGCUACAAGACCGUCAAAACGCUGUCCCUCGUGGGCGGCGCCCCGCGGCUCAUUGUCCUAGCCCUCACUGUGUUUCUGGUAGGCGCGGCCACCAGCGCGGUGCAGAACUUUCUAUUCUGGCACAUGGAAGACCACGGGAGCGGCGAGCUGGUGAUGGGUUUCUCGGUGGCCCUGGGCUCGCUGGGGGAGAUUCUACUCCAUCCGUUCAAAGCGACACUGCUUAGGAAGCUGUCAAGGGUGGGCACGGUGGGGCUGGGGCUGGGCUGUCUGGCAGCCCAGCUCCUCUACUACUCCUUCCUCUGGAGCUGGUGGUCGGUCCUCCCUGCGCAGAUCUUGAACGCCGUCAGCAGCGGGGCCCUGUGGUGGGCCGUGAAGGCCUCCGUCGAGGACCUGGCCACUCCCGGGACGGCAAGACCCCUGGGUGCGAUGUUCCAAGGCCACAUUUCUGGGGGAGGGUCCAGCCUGGGCAGUGUUGUGGGGGGCUUCGUGGUGAUGUCCUUCAGCCUGGCCGUGCUCUAUCAGGCCUGCUGCGUGGUCCUGUUACUCUGGCUGGCCCUGUUCCUGUCCAUUCAGCCCCGACUGCCCCAGGAGCAGAAAAUCAACUACUCGAAACUGCUGGUCAUGGAGGCCAGCGACACGAGUGACUCUGAGCAGGGGACGGAGCGGGACUGGCUGGUGAAGGCCAUGAGGGAGGAGGACUCAGAAUAGAAGGGCGGAGACAAGGUCAAGAUGUACCAACCUGGGAAGGCACCCAAG